AUGCCACUCGUCCUUCGGUCCUGUGCAAGCUUAGCGGCUGCCAGUCGCCAAAAGCCUUCCACAGACAUUGCGCUGGGGCAGCUCUACCGUGCGCUUGCAUCAGUCAUGCUUGAGCAUCUGCACGUUCGCACCCCGCCAGUGCCACCACUUGCUGCAGCUCAGGUUGCUACAGGGAUGCAACCGCGCCGGUUCCCUCUGGCCCCAGUUCCAGAGUUUAAGCGUUUUGUGCAAGUUGCCGUGCCGCAUUGUCCACCUCUGGACUCCAAAAACCGGCUGUUGUCCGCUCUUCGCGUGCAGGACACUGUUGUGCCUGCUGGUUCCAAGCUUGUGCCGCCUCUUUCUCAACUGGCUGCCGAUCGGGUAGAAGGGGGAGGUUUGAUCUGCAACCAGGUGCACCGCGCUUCGCAGGUUGAUGCAUCGCUCGACGAACACAAUCCAGAUGCCUCGAACAUGUCAGGUGGUGUGCAGCAGGCAGCACCAACUCCUUGUGGUUUCGCUAGCUCGCUGCUAUGUGCGACCGAGUGUGAAGCAGAGAUGCUGGCCUCGAAUCUUGAUGCUAGGGUGGAUGCCAGCGGCCUUGUCAGUAUCUUCGAGGCCCUACCAGCCGAAGUGCCAGCGCGUGGCGUUGAUGAUGCUCGUGAGAAAGCUUGGUACUUGCGUGGAUGUUUCCCAGGUGCGUGCUUCGCGACGAUUGCCUUUUAUUCCAACGUUUGCACUCCGAUGCACAGGGAUUUGAACAACUUGGAGGGCACACUGAACUACGUUGCUCCCCUCACCUCUUUCAAAGAUGGAGGCAUUUGGGUGCAAGAUGACGAUGGCAAUCAUUCCCGGAUGACACCAUGCGGCCAAUCCAGAGGCCGUGUCUUGCAAGUUUGCGAGGGCCCCGUGCAUUUUGAUGCACACCGCUUUCAUUGCACAAUGCCCUGGCUUGGAUCAAGAAUCGUCUUGAUCGGCUUUACUCCGAGAAAUCUUUCGUCGCUGAAACAGAGUGACACUAGGCUUCUUCUUGACCUGGGCUUUCCGCUGCCAGGUCACAGCCCAUCGAUCCUGCCAGCCAUUGCGCCGCCUGAGGUCGAGAUGGCUGACCACCCACAGGUUGGUCUUGCCAAGGAGCGGGAUCGUGAGAAGUGUACCGUGACUUUUGGCGUGUAUCAUACUGAAAGUGAGUUCGUGCGUGCAGCCGUGAAGGCCGGUCACCCUAAGGCGAUGAUCGACUCGUUGCCGGCACACCUUGAUUCUUGCAUAGAUCUGUUGGCGAAGGCCCCACCGAGUGCCGUCGUCCAGCGGCGCAAGCAGUGGCUGGAUAAGUGGACUGCCCGCGCUGCUGAGAUAGGUGUGCGUCCUGACCCUAUGUGGGAAAUCGAGGACCCUCACAUGAGGGAGGUGCUGCGAAGCAAGCGUCUACAACUGUUGGAUGAGAUUAUCUCGAGCGAGGGCUAUGAGGAUGUGAGCUUGGCUAGUGACAUAAGAUCAGGUUUCGACCUUGUGGGGACAUCGCCAGUGUCGAACGUGCUAGUGUCUCCAGCAUCCCUCCACCCUGACGAUGUCAGCGCUGCCGCGGGCCGCGCAAAUGAAGCCCUCCGGAUGUCGCUUGGUUCAUCGGGUGAUCACGCUACCGACUUGAAGUUGUGGGAAAAGACGAUGCAGGAGGUAGAGAAGGGCUGGCUCGUGGGCCCAUAUGGUUGGGAUGACUUGCCCGACGGGUAUGUCGUCUCGCAUCGCUUCCCUUUGUGGCAGCACGACAGGCUGCGGCCCAUUGACGACUACAGCCGCAGCGGGGUGAAUGCAUGCGUUACCACGCUAGAGCAGCCCACAGUUGACACUGCGGAUGUGGCGGCUGCCAUGUUUGCCAAACUGUGCCGUUCUUUCGACUUGACCGCUGCAUAUCGGCAGCUUUGUGUUUCCACUGCCUCCAGAAAGUUUGCCGUGAUUGCCGUUUACAACCCUCACACGGGGAAGACAUGCCUCUUCACACAAAUUUGCCUCCCGUUCGGUUCUCGAGCAUCGGUCAACGGCUUUAUCAGGUGCUCUCGUUGCAUCCAAUGGUUAGCGACGCGCUGCCUCCUUGUGCCCACGACUUCAUAUUACGACGACUUCAUAGUCGCGUCGCCCGACUGCCUAGCAGACAACACCGGGAGCACGAUGGAGCUUCUGUUCCAGUUGUUAGGGUGGGUAUUUGACACAGUGGGCCCGAAAGCCGACACCUUCUCUCGAGAAGUAUCGGCUCUUGGAUUGCACUUCGACUUGUCUGAGAGCGGGGAUGGUGUCAUCAUGGUGGACAACACCGAGAAGAGGAAGAAGGACAUCCAUGCUUUGGUUUCAGACGUGCUAGUCGAGGGCCAUCUCUCUUAUAAGGGUGGCAUGGAGUUGCGUGGCAAACUUGCUUUUGCAAACUCGCAGGUUAUGGGUAAAGCCGGGCAUUACGCCCUCAAGCACGUCAGUGCACACGUGCAUGCAUACCCUUUUGUACCAAAGUUGAGUGCUGCCACGGCCGAUGCCUUGAGCUUUCUGAUGGCUCGCAUACUUGAAGGACAGCCCAGAAGGAUUCACAAGCCGCUAGGCCUGCCAUGGUUCGUGUACACCGAUGCGAGUUUUGAGCCUGACUAUACCGGAGGUUUAGGUGGCGUGUUGAUCUCGCCUUCGGGUUCCGUAGUUGGGUGGUUUUCACUGCUCCUGAAGAGCACCGACGUUCGCCCUUUGCUGCCCUUGAAAGCGGAGACAGGCAUCGGCGAGCUGGAAGCGAUCGCGGUUGUACUCGCAUUCCAGUUGUGGGAGGAACACUUGAAGUCCACCGAAUGUGUGGCAUAUCUUGACAAUGAAGGUGCCCGGAUUUCGCUGAUCAAAGGACAAUAG